AUGAAGGGAUCUACAACCAUCAUCUACGCCUUGGCCUCUCUGCUGGCGCAGCCUAUUCAGUCUAGCGCCGAGCCCGCUUCCCUGGAUGCCUGCGCCAGUCUGUCCCGGGCGCUCCCCGGCAAGGUUUCGUACCGCAAUUCGUCAGCCUUCGCUGUUUCCAACAACUACUGGUCUGCACGCCAGUCCGAUGUUGCGCCGGAGUGUUUUGCAUAUCCCGGGAGCACCGCUGACGUUUCCGUCAUGGUCAAGCUCCUGGCCUCCAUCUCGGCUCCCUUCACCGUCAAGAGCGGCGGUCACACGGCUCACCUGGGCUCGAACCUCCCCGGCGGCGUCACCCUCGACCUCGCGCGCCUUAGCCAGGUGAAGGUCUCGCCCGACCGGGAAACAACCUCGAUCGGCCCGGGUGCUCGCUGGGUGCAAGUCGCCGCAACCCUUGACCCGCUUGGGCUUGCCGUGGUCGGGGGGCGCAUGGGUGAUGUUGGAGUUUCUGGCCUCGUCCUGGGCGGUGGAUUGUCGUACUUUUCGGGCAAGCAUGGUUGGGCAUGCGACAAUGUGCGUGCUUACGAGGUGGUCUUGGUCUCUGGCGAGGUGGUAGAAGCGUCGCCCGGGCAGAACCCCGACCUCUACUGGGCCUUGCGCGGUGGUGGAGGGUCCAGCUUCGGCAUUGUUUCCCGCUUCGACUUGGCCACUUUUGCCCAAGGCGACCUCUGGGGCCUCCAACAAUACCAUUCGCCGGUGGUUCGGGCCGAGCUCUUUUCGGCCUAUUUAGAUCUUGUCCUGAACCGUCUUCCUUCAGACUCUUAUGCGCAUAACUUGUUGAUCUUCGUCGACAACCCACUCCUUAGCAGCGAAACUGCCAUAAACUACAUGUACCAUGCCAAGCCUCCUGCAACCAGCGGCGCCAUCCCUCCUGUGUUUGCCAGAACCAGCGCCGUUUCGAACGUGCUCCUGAACACAACACUGGUCGGCAACGUUUCGACCCACUUCGCCUCUCUAUCCAACGACCCCUACGGAAGCCGCAGGGCCUGGACCAACGUCGCGGUGCACCUCAAGGAAGGAUCUGAGAAGCUGCUUGAAGAGAUUUAUACUAUCGCGCAGGGCCAUCGCUCACUCGUAAAGGCGCUCGGCACCGAAGCCAAGGACAACUCCACCUGGGUCUUGUUCGGCCUGCAUCCCAUCCCGACCAACGUGCUCGAGGCCAUGCAGAAGAACGGCGGCAACGCCUUGGGCCUGCGGCCCGAGGGUGGGCCCCUGACGCUUGUUCAAAUCAACUCGGUCUGGGCGCACCCUGACCUCGACGAGCGCGUGCUGGCAAGCGCCGACAAGGCGAUCGCCGAUAUUCGCGCCCUCGCCGCCGAGAGGGGGGCGAGGUCUGACUUUGUUUACAUGAACUAUGCCGCGCAGGGUCAGGACGUCUUUGCCGGCUACGGUAGGGCGAAUGAGGAGCAGCUGGCCAAGGUUGCGCAGAAGUACGACCCGAACGGCACUCUCAAGAAGCUGUGGAAAGGCUAUUUUCAGAUAUGA